CCCGUCCUAGGUAAAUUUUUGGAGGGACCUUGCUUACAAAACAUUUUCAUUUUCAUCAUUUUCCCACAUCCGCUCUGCAAUUUCGCCCACACACGUUUCCCUUCUCGCAAACCUCAUCUGUGACCCCGUGCGUUCUUUUUAGCCUCUUGCGCUUUUCUCUAGUCCUUUUCUAAUUCUACACCUUCACGAGAAGUACGCCGGCGCCAUGUAUAGAUCUGCUUUGCGGUCAACGCCGCGAGUCGCAAACCCUCUUAGACACACCACACUCUCAACCGGUGGACGGCGAUUUGCCUCAACGACACCGCCAGCCAGUAAGAAGCGAAGUUGGAAGAGCGCGGCGGUAAGAUGGGGUUUAGCUGCCGGUGCGGUGUAUUGGUACAGCACAAGUGCGGUCUUCGCAGAAGAACCACUACCUAAAACAAUACCACCGCCUCCCCAAUUCUCGGACGAGGAUCUCCCCACCGUGGAAGCCGUAGUCGCCCAAAAGCGCCGGCAGGCCGAAGAACGAUUACGAAAAGCCCCGUCAACGCCCGAACCAGCAACAGCCAGUCUUUCCUCGGAAACAUCAUCUUCGGCACCUGUUAAGGAUGUUGAGACAGAUGCGCAAGCCCCUCCUCCCGAAGGUAGUCCCGAAGCGCUAGAGGAGGAGGCCGGCCAGCAGGGCGCGUUCAAUCCCGAGACGGGCGAGAUUAAUUGGGACUGCCCGUGCUUAGGUGGCAUGGCUCAGGGGCCUUGCGGCGAGGAGUUCAAGGCCGCGUUUAGCUGCUUCGUCUACUCUAAGGAGGAACCGAAGGGGAUGGACUGCAUCGACAAGUUCCAACAUAUGCAAGACUGCUUCCGACUUCACCCCGAGGUUUACGGAGAAGAAUUAGACGAGGAUGAAACUUCGGCGGAGGAUGCCCCUGAAGCUUCAACGGAGACGGCGGUAGCUAAGACAACUACCCCGGAGGGAGGGAAUGCCGCCUCGAAACCAGAGCAGACGACAGCUGCCUCUAAGGAAUCUAAAAAGAUAGACAAGGAGGUCGAGGCUGUAGCAAAGGAAACGGAAAAGCAGAAUAUUCCUCCGGCGCAGCCUUAGACGACUAGGCAGACAUCAAGAAUAUCGCACGGCAUCAUCCGGCCUCACUUAAUAUGGAGAAACCCCCGGAUCCGUGCAAACGUGCUCCAGGCUAUCAUUUGCGUUGUCGCGGCGCAAAACCCUUGUAUAUGUGUAUUAGAUG